AUAUUUGAAGUGAAAAAUAAAACCCCAAAAAAAAAAGGGAGAGAACGAGAGGCAGAUAUAAUAUGAGUAUGAAAAAAUAGAUAGUGAGAGAGGAAAAGACACAGCCGGCUCUUUUUCUCGGUCACCAAACAGCACAAAUCUCAAGCAGCAGACAGUGUGACUGUGGACUGCCUGAAACGAUAGACAGCAGAUAAUUUAUAUAUAGAGAGUGUUGUGAGCGUGUGAGCUAAUCGAUCGCUUGGUAACGGCUACUUCUUAUCGUGCUUAGGUAGAAGGACUCUCUGGUUUUUGGUUUGGUAGCCGCUGCUAUAGUAAUGGAUUGCAGAAAUGACAAUAGUGAGUCAUGGGAUUGGCGCAGAGAGGAACAUUGUCCCCGAAAGGAUCCCAAUUGCGACAUAUCUGAAUGCCUAUGGAAUGGAGUGCCCCAGAACAAAGAAGAUCAUUCCUACAUGUUCGAUGAAACAACCCCUGUCAAAGAUUGCAGGGAAUUGACUUACCACGUGUCUCAUGGUGGGAAUAUGAACAAGGAACCAGUAGAAUGUAGAGAGACUUCUUCACAAGCAAAGAGGCGCAGGAUGCUACAGUUCAACAUCCAACCUAUGGAUCCUUCCCAUAUUAGUGAAGAGAGGUCAUCUGCAUUCCUAAAAUCACAUGAGAGGGAGGAUUCACUUGAGGAGUUUUUUCCUGAAUCAUCACAUUGGGAUUCUGGGCCUUCGGGAAAUGCAUCUGCCUUCACUAAUGAGAGCCUGGAUCAAUCAUCUGAAGAGUGGAUUGCAGAAUGCUUAAAUGAUACUGAGAUGGAUUUCAACCAUGAUUAUUUGAAUUUUUCUGGGGCAUCCGAACUGUUCGAUAUCACAGAGCUGUGCGACAUGCCACCCGAGUAUGAAGCUAACAUGGUUCAGAAGACUGUUACUCAAACUCCUCAAAAAAUUGUUUUUAAAGGUAGGAAAUCUUUCAUAAGUACUCCAACUAAGUUGGCUGCUUCGGUUGCCUAUCCAUUUGCUUUCAUUAAACCCAGUGGGGCCCAUGGAGAUGUAACUUUGAAAGAGAUAAACCAGCGGAUCCGUACACCACCUCCUUCAAAAUCUGAGCAAGGUACUGAAGAUCCUGUCGUUUCUUACCCCACUUCAGCUUUCUCUGGGAAGCCAGUGGUUGGAAAAACAAAAAUUCGCACUGAAGGAGGAAAAGGAAGCAUCACAAUUAUGAGAACCAAAGGUUGAAUGAAUAGAUAAGCAUUCUUCCGGACUUCACCGUUUCUUGCCCUUCUAUCUUUCCCCAGUAUGACCUGGGGUUGAUUUUUGCUGUAAUAUUGUGUGGCCCACAAGUAUAGAAGUUGGUACUUUGCUUUUUUGUUGGACUGGUUCUUGGAAUUCAUAAAUUACAUCAUCAAAGUACCUUUUACUAGUUGUGUUGUAGGGGUUGAAUAGCUCAAUACAUGGUGACUUUGAGCUAAGAUUGUAAUUAGAAUCUUGAUGCCUAUGAUAUCCUUUUGUUAGUGCUUCAGAAAAGCAAUGUUAAAUCUUUCA